UGGUUUGCCUCUCUUUCCAGGUCAGUGAACAAUUUCCUGAUGACUGGUCCAAAGGCUUACUUGAUCUACUCUAGCAGCGUAGCAGCUGGUGCCCAGAGUGGUAUUGAAGAAUGCAAAUACCAGUUUGCCUGGGACCGAUGGAACUGUCCUGAGAGAGCUCUGCAGCUGUCCAGCCAUGGUGGGCUUCGCAGUGCUAAUCGGGAGACGGCGUUUGUACAUGCCAUCAGUUCCGCCGGGGUCAUGUACACCCUGACUAGAAACUGCAGCCUUGGGGAUUUUGACAACUGUGGCUGUGACGACUCCCGCAAUGGGCAACUGGGGGGCCAAGGUUGGCUGUGGGGAGGCUGCAGUGACAAUGUAGGCUUCGGAGAGGCAAUUUCCAAGCAAUUCGUCGAUGCCCUGGAGACAGGACAGGAUGCCCGGGCAGCGAUGAACCUGCACAACAAUGAAGCUGGACGCAAGGCGGUGAAGGGCACCAUGAAACGCACGUGUAAGUGCCACGGCGUGUCUGGUAGCUGCACCACGCAGACCUGCUGGCUGCAGCUGCCCGAGUUCCGCGAGGUGGGCGCGCACCUGAAGGAGAAGUACCACGCGGCGCUCAAGGUGGACCUGCUGCAGGGUGCUGGCAACAGCGCGGCUGGCCGCGGUGCCAUCGCCGACACCUUCCGUGCCAUCUCCACCCGGGAGUUAGUGCACCUGGAGGACUCCCCGGACUACUGCUUGGAGAACAAAACGCUAGGACUGCUGGGCACAGAAGGCCGGGAGUGCCUGCGGCGCGGUCGGGCCCUGGGCCGCUGGGAGCGCCGCAGCUGCCGCCGGCUCUGCGGGGACUGCGGGCUGGCGGUGGAGGAGCGCCGCGCCGAGACCGUGUCCAGCUGCAACUGCAAGUUCCACUGGUGCUGUGCCGUACGCUGCGAGCAAUGCCGCCGGCGGGUCACCAAAUACUUUUGUAGCCGCGCGGAGCGGCCGCGGCGGGGCACUGCGCACAAGCCCGGGAGCAAACCCUAA